CCUACUUCUCUUAGGUAAUAUUGUCUCAACGAACGUACAUGGCGGUCUGAUUGUUGUUCCUCGUGGAACAACAACAAAAACACUUUAUGCCGUAUUUCUGGGUGAGACAAUACUUUACAUGAAACGCAGUUGCAGCCGAGGAGUGUAAACACGCGGAUAUUUAUACAUUUAGCUUUUGUUGACUUUUCGUGGACGUUAAUGCUGUUGAGAGGUACUUUUUGUGCGUUGUUGACAUUCAACACCGUUGCAACGAACAAAGGAACGAUACGCAUGCGCAACUCGAAUGUUCGUAAUGUUGAAUUACUUUAAACUCAAUAAUACCUGUAAUUAUAAAGCGAUUAUACGUGGUGAUUAAUUUUAGUUAGACUCGUUCAGAGCCGUUAGCUUCAUAAGCCGUCGUAUAUUCGGACAAAUGGCUGAGGUGUACGUCCGAGUUGCCGAGGAGGAGAAUGAGGAGCCCAUGGAGAUCCCGUCCGAGGACGACGGCACCGUUUUGCUGUCUACGGUGUCAGCCCAGUUCCCCGGGGCGUGCGGCCUCCGGUUCAGGAGCCCCGUAUCCCAGUGCAUGCGCGGAGUGAGGAUUGUCGAGGGCGUCCUGCACGCCCCGGAGACCGGAUGGGGGAACAUGGUCUAUGUGGUCAACUAUCCGAAAGAUAACAAAAGGAAAAUGGAAGAAAUUGAUGCCUCUUCAGCUGUGAAAAUGAAGCGUGGCGAUAUGAAGACGUCGGACUUGAUUGUGCUGGGUCUUCCGUGGAAAACUACCGAGCAAGACCUGAAAGACUACUUCAGCACCUUCGGAGAAGUUAUUAUGGUUCAGGUUAAACGAGAUGGCAGGUCAGGAAACUCCAAAGGGUUUGGCUUUGUGCGCUUUACAGAGUACGAAUCCCAGGAAAAAGUCAUCUCCCAGCGCCACAUGAUUGACGGCAGAUGGUGCGACUGCAAGUUCCCCAACUCCAAGGUGAAUUUGGGGCCGGACGAGCCGAUGAGGAGCCGCAAAGUAUUUGUGGGACGCUGCACAGAGGACAUGACCACAGAUGAACUGAGGCAGUUCUUCAUGCAGUACGGUGAAGUCACGGACGUCUUCAUUCCCAAGCCGUUCCGUGCUUUUGCCUUUGUCACGUUUGCAGAUGAUCAGGUUGCUCAGUCUCUGUGCGGUGAAGACUUGAUAAUCAAAGGCGUGAGUGUCCACAUCUCAAACGCCGAGCCCAAACACGGCAACAGGCAGUUUGACCGCACGGCACGUUUCGGAAACGGCUUCGGCGCCCAGGCGUUUGGCGCCCAAGCGUUCGGGGCAAGUCGUAGCGGCAUGGGCAGCAGCAGCAACAGUAACAUGGCCAACUUCGGUUCCUUCAACCUAAACCCGGCAAUGAUGGCGGCGGCGCAGGCGGCCCUGCAGAGCAGUUGGGGGAUGAUGGGAAUGCUGGCCAGCCAGCAGCAGCAGUCGUCGUCUUCGUCGGCCAGCGGCACCAGCGCCGCCGGCUCCACUCGAGACCAGAGUCAGUCGUUCACCGCGGGCAACAGCAACUACGGCGCCGGCUCGGCCAGCCUCAGCUGGGGCACAGGCGCAAACUCCACCAGUGGCGGUAGUGGGUUUAGCUCAGGGUUUGGCUCCAGCAUGGAGUCAAAAUCGUCUGGGUGGGGUAUGUAAAACAAGCAAAGUGUGCGUGUGCGGUAAGUAUUGUGAGAAAGAGUGAAGUCUUUUAACACAUUUUUUUCGGGUCUAUCCGAACAACACUUUUUUUUUUUUGGUGGAAGAUGUUUUGUACAUUGAGAGAAAAAGCAGCUAAUGAUUCUAACUAGAGCAGGGGUGUCCAAACUGCUGUCCAGGGGCCAUUGGCAGCCCAUCACUGUUGUUUUUCUUCCAGCCCAUGGCAUAUACUAAAAUAAGUGACAUUACAUGCAUGGGUUGUUUGCUUGAAUUUCACUACUUCCUUCACUGUCUGGAAAGGCAGGAGGGAGAAACAAAUCAGAGUUUUAUCACCCAGUUUUUUUUUAUUUAGUUGCUUAAAUAUUUGUACAUACUGCUUGAUUAGUAUUGAUGUGUAAAACUAAGUGAUGCAUGUCAGUGGCUCUUAUACCCUUCAAUUUGUCUGCUUAUCAACCCUUGGAAGAAAAGUUUGGACACCCCUAAUUUAUUGACUAGCAACUAAAGUAUUUUUUCCCUCUGCCUGUCUCUUUUACAUCAAUUUCAACUGGAUUCUCUAAUGGAUGUAUUGUGUACUUAGAUCAUUUAAGAUGGAGAAAGGGAAAAAAAAAAAAAAGCAUGUUUGCCAUUAUCCGGCUAUGUUCUAAUUUCAGGCAAUCUUGCAUUGGGAAGAAUCUGGUUGAAAGUUUACCUAUUUUUUUGAAGUGGACAAAAGCCUUCAUUGAAAUCUCUUCUGCAGUUGACCUCUCUUCCGUUUCCCUGCAAGGAAGCUCCGAUAUGGCAGCAUUGUCGCGGGGGCGAUAAGCGCUAUCACUCUCCCUCUUCCUGCCUGUGUAAAUGCUAUGCCAUCAAACAACGGCUUCACUCCGCAUGUUCUCACGAGACGGUGGGUGUGUUUUCACUUUUUUUUUUAUUGAUUGGAGAGAGAACUGCGCAAGUGACAUUUUUUUUGGAUGCGGGGGGGAAUCUGAGUGCGGAUGGCUUGUGGCGAAGAGUGGAGCGGUUGGUGAGUGAGCGGACUGAGGACUGCCUGUGCGGUGAACGAGCCUCCCCCCCUAAAAUGUGACUGAUUUUCUAUGAAUGUGUGAGUGGAACCAGCAGAUGCGACAAGCACCUCACCCCUUCAAUGUGGACAUCUAUUUGAUUAGUAUGUCAAAAGUUUUUUUUUCCCCACUUUUUAACCUUUGCAAGAUUUUCCACUUCUACUAAUUGUGUCAACAUGAAAAUGUAGUGGAGUGUUGUGCUCUUUGUAAUGCUUCUAUAAUCAGAGUUGAAUGCUGUAUGGUGUGUGCUGUUCCUUGUUCCUAGACGGAUAUGUAGGUGUGUAUUUGAUGUGGAUGACGCAGACUGAUGAAACCCCUGGUGGGGACGUAAGUGUGAUGUGAGAACGUGGAGUCUCCCUUUUUUUAUAUAGCCUAUUGAUGUUUGUGUGGCAAAAGAUGUCAAAUGAAGGGAGGUGUCUAAUAAAGUUAAUAGAUUAAGUUGAUGCUACUUGCGUGGGAUUAAAGAAACUAAUUCAAUUCACACAUCUAGGGACCUUGGGCUCCGCUGGUCGAGGUCUCCAUUUGAACCCCGACUGAAGGACGAAGACGGAAAUUCCAACACUUUGAGUGUAUGGCCUUCUCAGACAUGUGGUAGUACCUGUCUUUUUGCUCACUUUCUUAGCUUGUCAAAAAGAGAAACUGCUCUAUUUUCCCCCUUCUGCUUGAAUGGCGCAAGAGAUUUUCAUGUACUGCUGUGAGUGCCUGGAUAAAAGGGUCUUUUCUUUCCAAACUCUUAUGGAUGACUGACUGUCAAAUUUCACAUCUGUGGAAUGGUCACUGGUGUUACGCUUUUGUAGAAAGCUUACAAAGUCAACAAUGAGUAUAGUAUGCCUACUCGACUAUCUUACAGAGCUGGUGCCAACGCAUCAACAAAGAUAAAUGGAUUUACACUGCAGGUCCAAGUGGCCAAUUCUGAUUACAUUUGUUGUGUAUUUCAGGUGAUAAACAUACAAUCUAGUUUUGUCUAUACUGAUGGAUCACAUGGGCCAAAUCUAAUUUCUUUGCAACCUCGCUCCUCUGUUUGACAAUGUCUCCCACCAGUGAUCCUAUUGAGGAGAACAGGGUGAGUUGGGGCAACCCACCCUAUUGAAUUCACUAUGGGAAACCACCACAUUACUCCACUGGCCGCUGUCUAAUACUGCUUGUUUAAUGUAGCAUAUUUACGCCAUAUUGUGUGUGCUUUUCUAAUUCCCAUUUUUGUAGGCGUAAUUAAAGUACACUGCCAUGCCACAUAUCCUAAAGCGCCACCCAACAGCAAAACACAAAUCGGAAUUAAGUCACUUGCAACAUGCCGUGUAAUUCCAUGUGUUAGAGGAAAAAAAACAUGACAAAGGAAUUUUUGCCAUCGUGUUGACAUGUUUAAUAGAAUUUUUGGGGCAAGAGUGGGGAGGAGUUGGGAUUUUCCUGUGUCUUAUUCUAUGCUAUUAAGAGUCUUUGCUCUUCUUCUUCAUUUUCAAAGCCUUCUGCUCUUUUUCCACUUCUUCGCUUUUCCUCUGUAUGUGUAUCGACUGAAAUAAAGGGGAAUCAAACAAGAA